AUGGGGCAGGACUCUAGCAAGCUGCAUAAGACUGAAGUAGAAGAACUCACUGCUAUCUUUCCUUACAAGGACAAGUCUGGAACUGUAUCUGCCGACGAAAUGACUGCAAUUCCCGAGCUAGCCAUGAAUCCACUUGCCCAACGAAUCGUAGCCGUCAUUGAUCCUGACGGCCAUGGAAUCAAUUUCAAGCAUUUUGUAUCUGCUCUGUCGGUCUUUUGCAAAGAUACUAAGAGGGAUAUGAAACUGAAUUUCGCCUUCCAAAUAUACGACGUGGACGGUGACGGAUUCAUAUCAACAGACGAUCUAUUCGUAAUCCUAAAACUAAUGGUCGGAUCAUCACUACCCGAUGCUCACAUUCAACAGGUAGUCGACAGAACUAUACUACAGGCUGAUACAAUUGACAAGGAUGGUUGUAUAUCAUACGAAGAGUUUAAGAGAUCCAUGUUUCAUGUGGAUCUGGAAAAGGUGCUUACCAUUCAAUUCUGA